UUUACCCUUUGGUAAACGUCAAUAUUCACAUUUUUCGUUUUUUUUGUCUAAUUGUUACUAAAAAAUGGUAUCGGUGACAAAUUAGUGGCUUUCUUGUGUUCUUUUAACAUCGACUAUUGUUCAUUGACCCUAAAUUAAGUUGUAAAUUUUAUUGCAGUUUAAAUAUACAUUGUUUAUAAUGGUAAAAAGUUGUUUAGUUGCAACUUGUAAGAAUACGCUAGGAAAAUCUGGAAUUACCUUUCAUAAAAUUGGAAAAAAAAGGUAUGCUAAUAGACUAAAAGCCAUUGGGAGAAGUGUAGAUGAAUGUUUGAGUCCGCAAAACGUUAUUUGUUCAAAGCACUAUGCCGAGGAGGAUUUUAUUUAUUUUAACGGAAAAAAAUAUUUAAGACUGGAGGCCAUGCCUAGAUUUUUUAUUCCUCGAAGACCAGUUAUCGAACAAACGACUGAAAUUAUAUCAAGUCCAGCAUCUCAGCUCCCAGAAAUAUCAAAUAAUUCUACAAACACAGAUAUAGUAAAUGUAUCAUCUGGAGAUGUCUGGCUAAUGUAUACAGAUUUAUGGAUUCUUACGCCUCAGAAUGACAAUAUUGACACAAUAAUGAACCAAGAAAAUUUGUCACAGUACCCAACCAACGAAUUUCUAUCAUCAUUGAUGUCUGACGGUUGUGAAAACUUAGAAUUUGAUAUGUCUUUAGGACCACUCGAAUCUUGAAGAAAUUAAUUCUGUUAUUUUCAGGAUCUAAAGUAAGAUCAAUUUGUGAUUCUUGGGAACAAUACAGAUUCAUUGGGGAGUGUGGAUGUAUUUAGUCAUUGAUGUACUGUUAGAAAAAGUAGAAAAUGUGGACUGAUUUUUUUUUGUUGCCAUAAGCAGUAUCUAUUCCGACUGAUUAAGCCACAAAUCAAAAUUUUGAUUAUACACGUUUUGUGGUGUUGUCCAAAUAUAUGUUGAUAGAUGAACAAUACAUGUCUGUGUCUUAAUUAUAGAGAAUAUUUAAAUAUAAUUGAAAAAGAAAUAUAUGUAUAUUGGAGGCACUAUCUAUUUCAAAAUACUGUUAUAGCAAAAGCUCUACUGUUUGGUUUUCUAGAUUGAACUAUUUUAUUAACCGUGUUAAUUACGUAAAAACCUAGUAGUAUACAAUGAUACCGCCCAUCUGUUACGUGUUAAUUGCUUAUAACUGUACGGUCUACAUUACCAUCAUUAUUGAUGUAGGCAUAGAGAAAUUAUUGUAUUUGCCUAAGAAAACGGAAAGAAACAUGUCUUUCUAAAUCUAAAGUGUAAUCACAUUCGUCAUUAUCAAAAUUUAAUGUUAGAGUUAGAUAAUAUUUAUUUGACGAUUGUAUUAGUAUAUUGUGUUUGGAAAUUUUUAUAACUUUUUGAGGUACUACCAUUUAUGAAAUUUUUAUAAAUUUAAUUUUUACAACACUUAGGAGAGCGAAUGUAAGGGUAUUCCCGUGAGACCAUAUCUGCUUGACCAAGGUGCAAUUAUGUGUCAAAAAUAAAAA